GUACCGGUGUGCCGGACCAAUGGACAGCUGCCUUGGGCGUGUUCACUGGCUCCGUGCUUUCCUUCUGGUCGAGAAGCGUGGAGUAAACCAGUGUUUGGGAGCCGUAACUGAUUCAUUCUGCGAGAACAGCGACUUUUAGAGCUGAUUCAGAAUGGACUCCUUUUUGAGUGCAGCUCAAAUCCGUGAGAAGUUCAUUGACUUCUUCCGUCGCCAUGAGCACCAGUACGUCCACUCGUCAUCCACCAUCCCACUGGACGACCCCACGCUGCUUUUCGCCAAUGCUGGCAUGAACCAGUUCAAGCCCAUCUUCCUCAACACCAUUGAUCCAUCCCACCCUAUGGCCAGGCUGCGUCGUGCCGCCAACACCCAAAAGUGUAUCCGUGCAGGGGGCAAACACAAUGACUUGGACGAUGUGGGUAAAGAUGUCUACCACCAUACCUUCUUCGAGAUGCUGGGGUCCUGGUCCUUUGGGGACUACUUUAAGCACCUGGCCUGUAAGAUGGCCUUGGAGUUGCUGACCCAGGAGUUUGGUAUUUCCAUAGACCGUCUGUAUGUCACCUACUUUGGGGGUAAUGCUGACGCAGGACUGGAGCCCGACCUGGAAUGCAAACAGAUCUGGAUCGACUUAGGGAUGGAGGAGGCUCGCAUCCUGCCUGGCAGUAUGAAGGAUAACUUCUGGGAGAUGGGAGACACUGGUCCCUGCGGUCCCUGCAGUGAGAUCCACUACGACCGCAUCGGAGGGAGAGACGCCUCUCACCUGGUGAACAUGGAUGAUCCCGAUGUCCUGGAGAUCUGGAACCUGGUGUUCAUCCAGUUCAACAGAGAGUCAGAGACGGAGCUGAAGCCUCUGCCUAAGAAGAGCAUCGACACAGGGAUGGGUCUGGAGCGCUUGGUGUCUGUACUGCAGAACAAAAUGUCCAACUAUGACACUGACCUCUUCAUCCCAUACUUUGAAGCCAUUCAGAAGGGUACAGGUGCUCGACCUUACACUGGUAAAGUAGGUGCUGAGGAUACUGACGGUAUCGACAUGGCCUACCGUGUGCUAGCUGACCACGCCCGAACCAUCACCAUCGCCUUGUCUGACGGUGGCCGGCCUGACAACACAGGAAGAGGCUACGUGUUGAGGAGAAUCCUGCGUCGUGCAGUUCGUUAUUCCCAUGAGAAGCUGGGAGCUCAGAAAGGGUUUUUUGCCUCUCUGGUGGAUGUGGUGGUCGAUUCCCUGGGUGAUGCUUUCCCAGAGUUGAAGAAAGACCCAGAAAUGGUGAAGGACAUUAUUAAUGAGGAGGAGGCGCAGUUCCUCAAAACCCUCAGCAGGGGACGCCGUAUCCUUGAUAGGAAGAUCAUGAGUCUGGGAGACAGCAAGACCAUUCCAGGUGACACAGCAUGGCUGUUGUAUGACACAUACGGCUUCCCUCUGGACCUGACUUCCCUCAUUGCAGAGGAGAAAGGCAUGGCGGUGGACAUGGCUGCCUUUGAAGAUGAGAAGAAGGCAGCACAGUUAAAGUCCCAGGGUAAGGGCGCAGGGGACGAGGACCACAUCAUGUUGGACAUCUAUGCCAUCGAAGAGCUGAGAAACAAGAAGAUACCCGCCACAGAUGACUCUCCCAAAUAUAGAUACACCUCAGACGAAAACGGCAACUACGAGUUUCAGCAGUCCUCGGCUACAGUUCUGGCCCUGCGUCGUGACCGCACCUUCUGGGAUGAAGUGACCACAGGUCAGGAGUGCGGUGUACUACUGGACCAGACGUCCUUCUAUGCUGAGCAAGGCGGACAGACGUUUGACGAGGGUUUCAUGCUUCGGGAGGAUGACGGCACAGAGGAUCGGAUGGAGUUCACAGUGAAGAAUACACAGGUUCGAGGAGGUUAUGUUCUCCAUGUUGGGACUGUCUACGGAACGCUGAAGGUUGGAGACUGUGUCACCUUACAUGUAGAUGAGGCUCUUCGUAGGCCCAUCAUGAGCAACCACACCGCCACACACAUCUUAAACUUUGCCCUGCGAGGGGUUUUGGGAGAGGCAGAUCAGAGGGGUUCACUGGUUGCUCCCGACCGUCUGCGCUUUGAUUUUACUGCUAAAGGUGCCCUUAGCACAGGGGAGGUCCGCCGGACUGAGGAGAUUGCUUGUGCAAUGAUAAGAGAUGCUAAGCCGGUGUAUGCCAUGGAAGCCCCCCUAGCAGAAGCCAAGGCCAUUCAGGGUCUGCGUGCCGUGUUUGAUGAGACCUACCCCGACCCUGUCCGAGUCGUGUCUAUUGGCAUCCCUGUUCAGGACCUGCUGGAUGACCCCAACAGUGCUGCUGGCUCCCUCACCUCCAUUGAGUUUUGUGGUGGAACUCAUCUGCAGAACUCCGGUCACGCUGCGCCAUUUGUCAUCGUCUCGGAGGAGGCCAUCGCUAAGGGCAUCCGCCGCAUUGUUGCUGUGACAGGAACAGAGGCCCAGAAGGCCCAGAGGAAAGCCGAUGCCCUGUGCCAGUCUCUGUCCGCACUGGGAGACAAGGUGAAGCAGCAGACAGCCCCGAACAAGGACAUACAGAAAGAGAUUGCCGACAUGACUGAGUCGAUAGGCACAUCAGUGAUCUCCCAGUGGCGGAAGGACGAAAUGAGGGAAACCCUGAAAGGCCUGAAGAAGACCAUGGACGACCUGGACCGCACCUACAAGGCUGACAUCCAGAAGAGAGUCCUGGAAAAGACCAAGGAGAUGAUCGAAAACAGCCCCAACCAACCACUGCUUAUAAUGGAGAUGGAGACCGGAGCCUCAGCUAAGGCUCUGAAUGAGUCCCUGAAGCUGCUGAAGUCACAGUCCCCUCAGACCGCUGCAAUGCUCUUUACCGUAGACCCCGACGCCGGCAAAAUCACCUGCCUGUGUCAAGUCCCUAAGGAUGUGGCCAACUGCGGUCUGAAGGCCAGCGAGUGGGUUCAGGAGUUGUGCCCCCUGCUGGACGGCAAAGGAGGCGGCAAGGACAUGUCGGCCCAGGCCACAGGCAGGAACACACAGUGCCUGCAGGAGGCGCUACAGAUGGCCAACGAGUUUGCACGGCUCAAACUGGGAGAGAACUAAGAGAGAGGAACCUGUGUAGGAUGUGUAGAGAGGAAGAGAUGAUGUUUCAAACAUAAGCUGGGGAGUAAAGUGGAAGUAAGGCAAUGGUUGAGGAAUCCUGUGUCUUAACUGAGCUAGAAAUCAUCAAUCCUCCUUUUUUCUUUCCUCCGCCCCCCUCCCCUCUUUUCUUCUCUUUUUGAGUCAGAAAGGAUUUAGAAAACAAACAAAACUCCAAGGUUUUUCGCUCCGGCCAUUUGACAGAUGACCACUGACACUCAGCCAGCAGUAAAUGAGCCACUCAUAUAUUUAUUGGGAGUAUGAUUGCUGACUUGCUCAAGUAAAAUUAAUCUCUGUGGAAAUUGCUUGAAUAUAUAAGAAGAUCCUUUCAUGCAUUUAAGGGAAAGAGGGUUGGCAGAGGAUUAGAGGAAAUUAAUUUUAGCGUAGCAACGUCAUCAUUGCAUGCUUGUGUACAGAUGAAAAGAAAAGGGAUGUACUUUUGAUUGAUGUAGACUCAUGCAAGUACUGUACAUCUCAGAUGAAGCAACAAAAACUGGAUUUCACACCUAGACUCUUGUUCUGAGCACAAAGUUGGCACUUGAUAAACUCUGAAACUUUCAUCCUGCCUCUGUGUUUGUGUCGCAUCUCACUGUAUCCCUGUUCAUUUAGAAACAACCUCCAAAAACCGUUUUUCUUCCUCCCUUGUUCAGGGCUGCUUUUUGGCUUCCUGUGCUACUUAAGCUCAGCCUUGGAAAGAAAAGUGAGAAGUCAGCCCAGCUUUUCAAUGGUUUAGGUACAGUAUACACAUUAUGUCCAUUGUUGGCUGAAGACUUUUGAUCUGAUUUCUGAACAGUGGCUCCGUCCUUCUGUGUGAGUGUAAGCCUGUGUUCUCUCCUGUGAUUAGUUGGACUUGAGUUGUAAACGUGGUAUCUGUAUCAUACACUUGCUUUUCAGAUAACAAGCCAUUAUCUGACAUGUGUAAUAACAGGUAUAAUUUGGUAAAUUAAUGAUUCAUUAACUGUAUAAAAUGAUCAUGAACGUGUCCAGUAACUAAUCUGUGUAACUUCAUUUCCAUGACAUAAUAUUGGUAUACAGAAUGUUCAAAAUGUCUAUCUGUUCCAUGUCAGAGAAAUGUCACGUUAUGGGAAUGGAAUAAAUACAAUGGGUAAAUUCUA